AUGCACCGCCAGAAGAUCUGCUCUACGGCAGCAGAUGUGCAGGAUGCAUUGAUGGCUGUGAUGAAAAGGCAUGAAGAGGGGAUCAUGAUCAAGUCGCUGGAUAGCAAGUGGGUUCCGGGUGACCGCAGUGGCCACUGGUGCAAGCUCAAGCCCGACUACCUCCACAAGGCGAGUUGA